AUGCUGAGUCCGGCGCGCCGAGCGACGGAAUGUGAUCCGCACGUUCGCGGCGCGUCGACACCGAGUCGCGCGCAGGUCGAUCGGUUCAUCCCGAGCAGAAGCGCGCUGGACUUGGACGUGGCGCACUAUAACAUGUCCCAGGACGGGCGGGGGACGGAGGGAGAGGAUGAUUCAAAGGAGAUACGGUCUCCGGCGAAGGAGGCGUACAAGAAGAGUCUAGCGGAUAACUUCCACGUGGAAAGGGGAAGCGAUUCGGCGAAGAUUCUCGCGUUCAAGUCAAAGGCGCCGGCGCCGCCGAGUGGGAUGGAAAACUCGGCGCGAGGCGUCUACACGAACAAUUCCGCCGGUGUGCGAGCGAAGAAGACGUGCCGUCAGAUUCCAUCCGCACCGGAACGCAUCUUAGAUGCUCCGGAGUUGAUCGACGACUACUAUUUGAACCUGAUCGACUGGGGGUCGUCGAACCAAGUCGCGGUGGCGUUGGGUUGCACCGUGUACAUGUGGAACGCGGAUACUGGGGCUAUCAACCAGUUGUGCCAGACGAACCCGGCGGACGAAGAGGACUACAUCACUUCUGUCAACUGGGGGGCGGAUGGAAAACACAUCGCGGUCGGUACGAACAGUGCGGAGGUUCAAAUUUGGGACGCGAGCCAGUGCAAGAAGGUGCGUACGUUGCGAGGUCACGCGGCGCGGGUGGGCGCGAUCUCGUGGAACGGUUCGCAGCUUGCCACAGGCGGACGUGAUAACACCAUCAUGAUUCACGACGUUCGCAUUCGCGAGCAUUGCACAUCGACGCUUCGAGUUCACCAGCAAGAGGUCUGUGGUUUGAAGUGGAGCCCGAGUGGCAACCAGCUCGCGUCUGGCGGUAACGACAACUUGUUGCACAUCUUUGACGCGACUUCGAUCGGCAACCGACAAGCGUUGCACCGAUUAGAUGCGCACCAAGCUGCCGUGAAGGCUCUUGCGUGGUGUCCAUUCCAGUCCAACUUGCUCGCCUCGGGAGGCGGUACCGCCGACCGCUGCAUCAAGUUCUGGAACACGAACACUGGCGCCAUGUUGAACUCUGUCGACACGCACUCGCAAGUGUGCUCGUUGCAGUGGAACACGCAUGAACGAGAGCUUUUGUCAUCGCACGGUUAUAGCCAGAAUCAAUUGUGCUUGUGGAAAUACCCGACGAUGACGAAAAUGGCAGAGUUGACUGGCCAUCAAGCGCGGGUGCUUCACAUGGCGCAGUCUCCAGAUGGUACCACGGUUGUCUCUGCGGCGGCGGAUGAGACGUUGCGAUUCUGGAAGUGCUUUGACAACUCCGUCGAAAAGACCAAGAAGGUGCGUGAUGCUAAUGACUCAUCUGUUCUUCGCAGGUUCAACUUCCGUUAA